AUGGGUGCUGACAUUUCCCCAGAAGUGCAACGACAACAUGUGACCGAACGCUAUGGUCCCAAGCUCGUGGAAAAGACAGAGAAGGCGCACGACAAAGCCCUCGCAUUCAGACCGGGUGACCAUAAGGGCAAGGCCGAGGAAAAUGAUCCGCCUGGAGGAUUCGAUGAUACUCCCUUCCCACAUGCACCGGCCGGUUAUACGCUGAAAUUUACCUUUCAUCGUGCGGAUAAUCUGCCCGCUGCCGAUUUCAACACCUUAUCGUCCGACCCCUAUGUGUACGCUGAACUCAAAACCGACCUACCGAAACGACACAAACAAGAUCCUAAUGUCGUCUUUCGGACGCCUACAAUAAGGAAAAAUGUGAAUCCCGUGUGGAAUGCAGAAUGGAUUGUUGCGAACGUUCCCGCAUCCGGAUUCCACCUCAAGUGCCGUGUCUACGACGAGGAUCCGGCGGACCAUGACGACAAAUUAGGUAACGCGCAUGUGUUUGUGGAUCGCAUAACAGAGAACUGGGAGGGGAUUAAGGAGCGCGCAUAUCAUCUGAAGAAGCGCGCSGGUAGCAAASGAGCCUAUAUGGUCAGGACUGUUGUGGCGGCUUGCUCAACCUCACGAGACUUGGACGCAGAUCUUAUCAUCAGUGUCGAGUGUCUCGGACGGACAGAAACCAACAACGGUGCUCAUAUAUAUACGGUUGGGCCGAUCUACUGGUUCAAACAUUUUUCGCCUUUAAUCGGGAGACUCUUGAAAACUUCUGGCGCAGCGGCGAAUGAAAAUGCACAAGGMAAGACCACUCCAUAUGACUUUCAAGCAAUCGAAAUACAGCUCAAGGGUCCUGUACCCGACGACUUGUAUCACCGAUAUGUCGAGUUCAAGCCAUUCGUAGCUGGAAUGUUCACCUCACACAGUCUACGAGGCCGAAUUUUGAACCGCGCCCUGCAUCACCAACACGCUCGAAUCUACAAUUUCGACCGCAGCACUUUGAACGGAAUCUUUUGGGAGCCAUGUACAGAGCUGACAAAGCUUUUGCUGGAGUUUGUCGAUCAUGGUCGUGACGGUCGGAUAUUCACCUAUGUCCUCACACUGGAUGGCCAGCUUCGAUUUACAGAAACCGGCAAGGAAUUUGGCAUUGACAUGCUGAGUAAACAUACUAUGCACAGUGAUGUUUCUAUCUACAUUGCCUUUUCCGGUGAAUUCUUCGUGCGACCCAAGAAGAAGCACCAUCGACUUCGAGAAUCUAUCACAUCUAUAAGCAGUAGCAGUCGCCCGAGAAGCAGUACAAGCGGCACGGAACCGGGAACAGAGGAUGCCGAUGAGGUCGGUAAAGACGAGGAUGACUGUUCGGCUUACGAAUUGAUUAUCGACAAUGAUAGUGGUACGUACCGACCGAACGCAGAGAAACUCCCGCUUCUGCGUGAGUACUUGUCCAAGAACUUCCCUGGCCUUCAAAUCACGACACUUGACUGCCAAAAAGACGAGGAUCGGAUGAACCGCCUCAAGGAACAACGAAGAGCUGAAAAACAACGCGCUCGAGGCAACAUGGUUUAUACGCAGCAAGUGAACGACUCGUCCUCGUCGCUGUCCAGCUCUGAUGAAGAGGACUUGCUCGAGCGCUCGGGGCAGCCUCAUGAAUCGUCGAAUAAACAUCAUUCAUAUGAUUUAAGCGACGUCAGAGGCAAGUUUCGGAAUUGGGUCGAAGCGGCGGAUGGGACUGGUGACGGUCAUGAUAAGGCGAUAUCAACUGAAAAGCCGCCUCAUAACGGAGACAUGAACGGACAGGCUCCGAACGACACCCCAGCCUCGACUACAGCCAUCGAGGCAUGA